AUGGAUGCAGGCAACCACACGGCGCACGACCACGCCGGUCACGACCACGCGGCGCCCGCAGGCGGCGGCGCCAUGGACAUGGGCGGCGACACAAUGAAGUACACUGCCUCAGUGGGGCGCCGCGCAGACGGCUCCUACUACUACUUCCACGGCGGAUUCGACGGGCACAUCGUGCCGGGCUGCUUCUUCAUCGUGUGGGGCCUGUGGUGGGCCAUCACCACCUACGCCCACUACAUGCAGUGCCUGGCAGCCCGGCGCGGCUUCCGCGCGCGCGGCUGGCAGCUGCUGCCCUUUGGGCUGCGCCGCCUGCGCCGCCUGCCGCUGGAGCCCUUUGUCAAGCUGUGCCUGCCGCUGGUGGGCAUCCUGGGGGAGCUGUGGCUGGGGCACGAGUCGUACAGGCGGCUGUACGGCCCAGAUGGGCGGUUCACGGACAACAUGAAUGACUGGCAGCACUCAACCAUGUAUGCAUCCUUCAUGGCCUCGGGCCUGGUCGACCUGCUAGCCCACUACUGCGGGGCGCCACCUAGUACGGAGCUGGCCUUCCUGAGCCUGGCCUUCCUGUCGGAGGGCCUGCUGCUGGUGUUCCACCUCAAGGGGCCGCGCGUGGAGAUCAUGGUGCACCUCAUCCUGGUGCUGCAGGUCUUUGCCACGGUUGUCGCCAUCCUGGCAGAGAUGGCAAAGCCGCGCAGCAUCCUGGCGGCCUCGGCGCGGCCCUGGCUGACCAUCUUGCAGGGAGCCUGGAGCGAGCCGCAGUGGGACCCUGAGUAG